AUGUGCAAGCGAUGCAUCAGCAAAGGACUUGAAUGUGGCGGGUAUCCAGACAAUUUUCGAUUUUGCGGGAUUGCCAGCCGAGGCAAGUGGAAGGACCGAGAUGCUCCCGUCGACUCAAUAUCAGCUCAGUCCCAAGCUAGUAAAUCAGUUUCAAGUGCUCCUAAUAGGGCUCUCCCUCCAUCACAGAGCCUUACUCCAAAUGACAGACCAGAGAUCGAACAGGUCCUCGAUUCAGCCGAUGCUGCAUUUCUACUUUCCCACUACGAUCGCGUCAUCUGCCCUCAUCAGAUAGCACAGCCUGUCGAUAGCAGUGAGAACCCGUAUCGACUGUAUGUUCUUCCGCUAGCGUAUGAGCAAAUUGGCCUAUUAUACGCUGUGCUCGCGCUAUCUGCAUGUCAUUUGGGCCACUUGAAAGACGAAAAUUACCUUUACGAAGCAGUAGCGGUAGAUUACCGACUUAAGGCAAUUACCGAACUUAGCGUGGCCAUCAGGAAAGUAUGCUCUGGAGAUUUUAGCGGAGAUGACCGGGAUGGUUUAUUCGCCACCAUUCAAAUUCUUCUUCUACAUGAUAUCUGCGAGUCGGGAAUCUCAUCUCAUGGAGCUCAUAUUUCUGGUGCCAUGUCUAUUAGCUCUCAGUUAAUGCUGGACCAGCGGUUGUCGAUUUCAGAUGAAAGAACAGUUUUCUUUCUAGGAAAUUUGGCCUGGUUAGAUAUCAUUCGCGCCUUUUCUGCUCCUGGAAGACUUUAUUUCUCUCAAAAGCUUCGCGAGAAGUUGUUAUCAUUGUGCAACUUACGGUUCGAGUCAGUAAAUGGCUGUCCUCGUGAAUUAGUCUUGCUGAUCGGGGAGGUCCUUGAGCAUGCCAAGGCUCAUUCGACGGGUAACCUGGAAAUUGAGGAAUACAGUGACAAUUUGCGCAGCCUGAUCAACAAGUUUUACACUUGGGAUAGCUCACGCUGCUUCUACCCAGAUGAAAACCCGCUCUGGCUAUGUGUUACCGAGGCGUAUCGUCACACUUGUAUUCUGCGCACCCGCCGUCUUCUAGAUGAGAACGAAUCUGCGGUUGAGCCUUGCAUACAAGAAUCAGUCACUGCGAUUCUAGAUUCGAUUGCAAGCAUCCCUGGGUCCAGCCCGUUGAUUGAGCUGUUGGUACUCCCUUUAUUUAUGGCUGGAGCCGAUUGUCUUUCUCCACAUUCAAGACACUACAUACUGUUACGGCUGGGAGAAAUAAAAGCCAGGUCAGAAAUGGGUAUUGCUGCACCUCAGACUCUCCUCGAAAAAGUGUGGCAUGCUCGGACACAGAAGCCAGCAGAUGAUCGAAGCAAUGUCCCGUGGAUGCUCUUUACACACAGUGCUGAGAGCACGCAUCAGGAUGACUAUCUGAUCAUUUAA